AACAUGUCUCUAUCUAGUUAAUUUCACCUUCAUUUCAGCUCAUCAAACACACACUUCCUUCUCACACCAAACAUGGAUGACAACACUGAUCUCUUCAUCCACACCGUCCAUGGCGCCGGCCGUCUUCUUCCCUCCGGCAACCGUUGGAACUCCAUUGAACUUGACUACAACCUCCUCCCAACUUCUUCACACAAUGAUGAUCACUUCACUACUACUUCUUCACUCUACUCCAAAUCCUUCACUUUCAAUCUCACUAUAACUGAUAAGUCUCACUUCAAACGUUUCCUUUAUAUCUUCAUUGCUCUUCUCCUCACCAUCAUCUUCCUUGUUCUUCUCCUCUCCUUCUUGCCUCACAAACACCAUGACUCUCUCCCUUCAACCAACUUGCCUUUCACUCUCAAACAAGCUCUUUUGUUUUUUGAUGCUCAGAAGUCUGGACAAAUAAACAACAGCUUGGUGAAGUUCCGGGGAGAUUCCGGUUUGCAAGACGGGCAUUACCGACAGAUAAACGCUAGUCUUGUCGGAGGUUUUUAUGACUCCGGCAACAAUGUUAAGUUCAGCUUUCCCACAGCUUACACCAUCACACUUCUUAGUUGGACUGUGAUUGAGUAUCAUGAAAAGUAUGAAGCCAUGAAUGAGCUUGAACAUGUCAAAGAUAUCAUCAAAUGGGGAACUGAUUAUCUUCUCAAGCUCUUUGUUCCAUCCAAUUCUACUGCAACUCCAAACUUAAUAUAUUCUCAGGUUGGGAGUGCAAACAUUAGCUCAAGUUCAGAAAAUGAUAUGAGUUGCUGGCAAAGACCAGAAGACAUGAAGUAUGCUCGUCCUGUUUCAGUCUGUGGAGCUUCAGCUACUGAUCUUGCAGGAGAGAUUGCUGCAGCAUUAGCAGCUGCAUCUCUGGUUUUUACUGACAGGAAAUCAUACUCCUUAAAAUUGAUUCAAGCCUCUGAGAGCUUGUUCAAUUUGGCUAAAAACAGUGGAAAGAAACAAACAUAUACCAUGGAUGUAGCUUGUGGUGGUGAAGCUAGCAAUUACUACAAUUCCUCUGGUUACUUAGAUGAGCUUGUGUGGGGAGCUACAUGGUUGUUCUUCGCCACCGGGGACCGUUCAUAUCUCGGGUAUGCUACCGACAGCUUCGAUUCGGCAUUGAUUGAAGAGCUUGUGCCUGAUCAUGGUGUUUUUUACUGGAAUAACAAGCUUGCAGCCAUUGCAGUUUUGAUGACAAGACUGAGAUAUCUACUUGAUCCUGGUUUUCCUUAUACCACAGUUCUAACAAAAUGCUCUGAAUUAACUAACAAUCUAAUGUGUUCUUACCUCUCUGCUCCUGAAAAGUUCAGUAUGACUCCUGCUGGAUUGAUACUUUUAAAGCCAAAUAGCAGCACAUCAUUGGAGCUUGCUUCAACUGCAGCAUUCCUAACCAAAAUCUACAGUGAUUACUUAGACAGCAUCAAAAUUGAAGGUGGAGCUUGUGGUGAUGAUUUAUAUUCACUGGAUGAUCUUCAAAACUUUGCUGAAUCACAGGCAAGUACAUUCCAUACAUUAUUUGAUCAGAUGAAUUACAUACUGGGGAACAAUCCAAUGAAAAUGAGCUAUGUUGUGGGAGUUGGUAGUGAAUAUCCAAAGCAAGUGUACCAUAGAGGAGCAUCAAUACCAUGGGAUGGAAAACAGUAUGGUUGUGUGGAAGGCAAGAGAUGGAGAGACUCUAAAGAGGCUAAUCCUAAUGUGCUUCUUGGAGCAAUGGUGAGAGGUCCAGACAAAGAAGAUGGCUUCUCUGAUGACCGGAACCGGCCGGAGUACACCGAGCCUAGCAUUGCUAGCAAUGCCGGCCUAGUUGCCGCCCUUAUAGGUCUUCUUGAUCAUCCUAGUAGCACAACAAGUAGAAUAGAUAGAGAUGCAAUGUUUGCUAAUAUUUCUUAGUUCAUGUUAAAUAUGUUGGUUUUCUUGGUGAUUGAUACUCUGUUUUACUAAAAAAACUUUUUUUCUCUUCUCA